AUGUCAACUACUCCUGGACUGGGUCCAUCAAAUCCAAAUCAACCAUCUAGAGUGGAUGAGUCUAGACAAUCUAGUGUUACAAGUAUUUCAACUCCGAGAAAUAGAUCAACAAGUGUAUCAAGAAGAAAAUCAAGACCAGCUUUAAGAAAACAUCAUAGUAUAAGUCAAAGUCAUGCAAAAUUAAUCUAUUCAGUUGAUGAUGAUAUUAACGAACAAGAAGGAGAUGAAAAUGAAGGUUCUAAGCCAAUUGAAGCAAAUAACGUCAAAAAAACAGAUCGAGAUUAUUUAGAAGGUUAUAAUGAUGCAUUAAAAGCAUUAUAUCAAAGGAGAACUAGUAAAAGUCCAAUGAGACAAUUCCAAGAAGCUCAAGAUGUACCAAAUAUUGAAUCAACAAUAGCCAAAGAUUUAUCAGAUGCCGAAGUAAAUUUAAGAUUACUAAAGAAAAAUGAUAAAAAGAAACACCUUGUUAGUGAUGAAGAUGAUGAAGAUCAGCCACAACCAGAAGAUGAUGAACAAGAAGAUGUGGAGGAUGCACUGGACAAUGGUUCUAUUGGGUCCAAUUCAUCAAUGGAGUCACUUAAUUUGAAAGAAAGGCAAAAUGCAAUUAAUUCAACUCACCCGUUCGGUAUCAAAAUUUGGAAACCAUCAUUGUAUAAAAAGGAAAGAUCUGUUGCAACAAGAGCGGAUGAAGAUAUUCAUGAUUUUGAUCCACGACGUCCAACAACUUCAAGAAUCUUUUGGGGUGUAAGGCUAACAAAUAUAAUUUGGAGUUUAACAGCUGGUUUGUUAAUUUUCAUUACAUGUUUAAUUGGAGCAUUAUUUGUAUUUUUAUUUUCUGGAUUUGCGAUAAAACCAAAACUGAGAGCUUAUGUAGUUGCAUUCUUGAAAUUAGGUAAAUAUUGGUUAUGGCCAUUCGGAAAGUUUGUAUUGUUAAACAAAGAUAAAAAUUAUUUGGAUGAAGAUCAAUUGGAAGGUAGAACACUUAAUGAAUUUCAUCAAUGGAGAGCUCAAGAAGAAGGUAGAUUAUUUUUUGCACCUCCAAGACGUUAUACUGGCACAACUGAAGAAUCAGCACCAUUAAUGAAAGAUCAUAGAGGUAGACCUUUAAGAGAUGCUUAUAGUUCAUUAGAAGAUGGACGAACACCCGAAACUGUUCAUGAAACAGAUGAUGGAACCGAAGCAAAUGAUAUUAAAGUUAGAUUUUUUGGCAGAGGUGAUUGGAGUUCUGGUAGAAUUGCAUUUUAUGUAUAUUUUUAUGUGAUUGUACAACCAAUUUCGUAUUUAGUGGGUUUAUUAUGUUGGUUAUUAGUAUUUACUAUACCAAUAACUAAUCUUACAAUGACUUUAAAUGAUCAUGUAAGACGUCAUCCAUUAGCUUUAGAUUUUGAAAUGGAAAAAGAAUACUACCAGAGAAGAGAAAAAAAUCCAGCAUUGAAGAGAAAGAAGCAAAUGAUUUUAUUAUGUACCUAUAGAUGUUGUGGUUGGCAUUAUUAUAAAUAUACUAUAGACGGUACGAACAUUUUUUUCAUAAAUUUGAAUUCAGUUGUGUUAUUCGUUAUUUUUGAUUAUUAUUUUCUUAAAGAAACAUUAAACUGGGACGCCUUCAUCACCAAUUCAACGGUUAUUUUUUGUUUGUGUUUAUUUUCAAUUAUUCCAUUAGCUUAUUUUAUUGGUCAAGCUGUCGCUUCAAUAUCUGCUCAGUCAUCCAUGGGAGUAGGUGCUGUCAUAAAUGCCUUUUUUUCAACAAUUGUUGAAAUCUUUUUGUAUUGUGUUGCAUUAAAUCAAGCUAAAGGUAAAUUAGUAGAAGGUUCUAUGAUUGGUUCAAUUCUAGGUGGUGUUUUACUAUUACCUGGCUUAUCAAUGUGUGGUGGUGCUUUUAAGCGUAAGACUCAACGUUAUAAUCCUAGAUCUGCUGGUGUUUCAUCAACAAUGCUUUUAUUUGCAAUGGUGAUUAUGUUUGCCCCAUCUUUGUUUUAUCAGAUAUAUGGAGCUUAUGAAAUUAAAUGUAAUAAAUGUGAAAUAAAUACUGGUCUUGAUGAUUGCACCAAAUGUCGUUUUAUACAACCAACAUUCACGUUAGAUCCUUUAUAUUUUAAAGUCAUCAAACCUUUUUCAUUCAUUGUUGCAAUUGCAUUAUUUGCUGCUUAUGUCUGUGGAUUAUGGUUCACAUUAAAAACUCAUGCUUCACUUAUCUGGGCUACGAAUUCCCAUGAAGUUAAAAAGGAAGAUUAUUUUAGAUCACCGAGUGUUACUAGUGUCAAUACACCAGUUCAUGCAAAACCUAAUAAUAAGAUAGCAGUUCAAAGACUCGAAAGGGUAAACACACCAUCUGAUGCAGAUUUCAGAAAAGAACAUAAGGAAGAUGAACAAGAAGAGGGAGGACAUGAAGCACCAAAUUGGUCAAGAACUAAAUCAACUGUGAUUUUAUUAGGAGCAACAGUAUUAUACGCAGUGAUUGCAGAAAUUUUAGUGGACAAUGUUGAUUCAAUUUUAGCUGAUUUUCCCAUUGAUCCAAAAUUUUUAGGUUUGACUAUAUUUGCGUUAGUUCCUAACACUACUGAAUUUUUAAAUGCUAUUUCAUUUGCAAUUGGUGGUAAUGUUGCCUUGUCAAUGGAAAUCGGUAGUGCUUAUGCUUUGCAAGUUGUAUUGAUUCAAAUUCCAAGUCUUGUUGUUUACUCAAUGCUUAAAAAUUUUAUGAAUGUUGAUCAAAUUUUUUCUUUAGUUUUUCCAAGGUGGGAUAUCAUAGCUGCUUUAAUUUCAAUUUAUCUUUUCACAUAUAUUUAUGCAGAAGGUAAAUCAAACUACUUCAAAGGAGUGAUUUUAGUUAUAUCGUAUGCGGUAAUUCUUUGUGGUUUUUAUUUUAAUCAAGCUGUCCAGGAUUUAGAGUAA